UGUUACAAAUUACGUAAAUUGGAACGUCAAAGUGAAUGUACCCAUCAGCGAAUGAAUGACAAAUUAAAAAGUUUUAUUUUUCUUAUAUUGGUACGAGAUUUUAUUGAUUGUUUUCUUUCAAGAUUUUCGGCCAGACGGCGACUGAAAUUGCAAGUUACUGUGAUAUAUUUAUUUUCAAUAUUUAACUUUUCUUAUCAAGCAAUUAAAUGAUCAGGGAUAUCGAGUUAUGUCUAUAAGUAAUGGAAGGUACAGAACUGGGUGGCGACCAGCAAUUCUGUUUGAGAUGGAACAAUUUUCAAGCAAAUAUAACAUCUCAAUUCGAGGCACUGCGCGAUGAUGAGGACUUCGUGGAUGUCACUCUGGCAUGCGAGGGACACAGGUUGGAAGCACACAAAGUGGUUUUAUCGGCGUGUAGUCCUUAUUUCAAGGAAUUAUUUAAAAAUAAUCCAUGUCCUCAUCCGAUAAUAUUCAUGCGGGAUUGCGAAGUCUCUCAUAUAAGGGCACUGCUCCAGUUUAUGUACGUAGGACAAGUGAACAUCGCGCAGGCACAACUCAGCGCAUUUCUUCGGACUGCCGAUGCUCUACAAAUUCGCGGCCUCACUGACUGCUCACAACACAACGAUAAAAAAACCAAUCGAAAGUCUCCCCCGUCUCAAUUACGCAAUUUGCUCAGCGCUAAGCCCUCACAUUCUACCUCCUCCUCCAAAGCCGCAAACCAAAAUGUGGAAUCGACCUCUGCCGAUGACCAAGAGAAGAGCGCUAAUCGCCGUUCUGCGAGGAAUUCUCCUGAAGUGCCCAGAAAUAAUCUCAGCGAAGAAGCUUCCUUUCAAAGUUCUAGUCAAACGAGGCCUAAUAAUGAUGACUAUAGCCAAACCUGUAACUACCCCACAUUGCGGGUGAAAACUGAUCUCGAAGUGACAGAUGUUAAUAACGAAGAGAAUGAUAUUCUUAUGGAUCCCGGUGAUGCGGAGAGAGAUAGCAAAUCCCAGGAUUUCAGCGCCACAGAUUUGUUGGAACCAAAAAUGGAAGUCCUCGAACAGGAAGCUAGUGAUGAAGAGCGAUCGGGGUUUCAGCCUUUAUACUUUACUGAAAAUAAUACUCUCGCAAAUCCUUUCGCCACACUUCAAGGUAGUAUGGAUCUCAUGACGGGAAUGAACGCGGAGCUGACUGAGAACGCGGAAGUUCCAGGUCGAUGGGAUGCGCGUAGGAACCGACCGGUGCCAGAUGCAGUGUGGUUGGAACAGCAUAGACGCGCUUUGCCUUUCGUCCUAAAGAGAGAGAACGAGCGAGCACCGACACCUAGACUCAUAAAACUCGGCGAGGGCGUGGAGAUUCGGGAAGACCUAUUGCGUGGAGUCAAAUGGGGGGACUACAGAAAAGUGACGAGAGGUUUAGCAGCUGCGUUGUUCUCACCUAUUGAAUUGGCCACAUGUUCUGUAACCGGGCAGAGGUGGUCACGCGCAGGUCAAGAGUCACGACCGACGAAGCCACCGUUGGACAGACGCAGAGUUCACGCACUGAUUACAUAUGUGAGCAGGCAUUUCCCCGAUGUUGAAGUCAGUCGGAUCAAGCAAGUUCUGGCCUAUAAGUGCAAGGAGAACUGUGCAGCCCUAAGAAUGAGAACGGCCAGGUUGUCGAACUGUUUCAGCGAGUCGAGCAACUACUUGCUAAGUGCAGCUGGCCGCCCGCCCUGCGACGAUCCGCCCCAUCACCCGCCCACACCCACGCCUAGACCGUCUUAUUCCAACUAAGAGCCAGUGACGCGCACCUAUAAGUUUCGGCUGUAGUAGUGUUUUGGUCGGAUCCGUGGUCCGCGGGCUUAACAUGGCUUAUAAGGCGCCAGCUGUGUCAGCUUAUAAGUGAGUCUCCAUACCUA